CUUUCUUAUAAAGACAAGAACUAUAUUGAAAUUCACGUCAACUUAACAUUCCAGGUCCCCCAUCAGAGGGUGAAGGUUUACCUUAAUAGAUCACAGCUGAGGAAAACGCUAGAGGUAUGGCCCGGGUCACGGGCUCUUGUGCUAUAGAUCUAUUUACGAUUAUACGCAGUUUCGUUGUUUUUGAGUAUAUUGGCAGGAAAAAGAAAAGGUGACGUAAGACAUCAUCAUUAUCAACGCCGGCAGAGUCCAAUCAAUUCAAAAUCCUCAUUUUGUUUUCUUGUUCUCGGCGGUUCCUUUUUUAAGAUUCAUAGUUGGAGCGUAUUUGAUUGAUUAUUUGGACGAUAAUGACGAGCGAAGUGGAGAACAAGCCGGUUUUUUGUACGGAGUCGGCAAAGGAGUUGGUGAAGGAGUUGAGAGCUAGCUUCGCAACCGGAAAGACUAAAAGCUACGAAUGGAGAUUGACUCAGUUGAAUGCCAUGGUGAAGAUGAUGGAAGAGAAGGAGCCGCAAAUCGUUGCUGCUCUUCACGAUGAUCUUUCCAAGCCGGAACUCGAAUCCUCCAUCUAUGAGAUAGCAAUGCUAAAGAACUCAUUUAGAUUGGCAGUCAAGAACAUGAAGCAUUGGAUGAUGCCAGAAAAGGCAAAAACUUCAUUGGUUACAUUUCCUUCCUCUGCUGAAAUUGUAUCUGAACCAUUGGGUGUGGUGUUAGUAAUCUCAGCUUGGAAUUAUCCUUUUUUGUUGUCUCUAGAUCCAAUUGUUGGAGCUAUUGCAGCCGGUAAUGCUAUAGUCUUAAAGCCGUCAGAAAUCGCUCCAGCCACAUCAUUGUUGCUUGCAAGGCUAGUAGCUGAGUAUUUGGAUAGCUCUUGCAUAAAGGUUGUUGAAGGGGCUGUUCCUGAAACUGCAGCACUACUUGAGCAAAAGUGGGACAAAAUACUGUAUACAGGCACUGGAAGAGUUGCACGCAUUGUGAUGGCAGCCGCUGCAAAGCACUUAACACCAGUUGUUAUGGAACUUGGAGGAAAGUGUCCGGUAAUUGUUGAUUCAGACAUAAAUUUACAGGUUGCAACUAGGCGGAUAAUUGCAGGAAAGUGGGGGUGUAAUAAUGGGCAAGCAUGUAUUUCCCCUGAUUACAUUAUUACAAUGAAAGAUUAUGCUCAGAAGCUGAUAGAUUCUUUCAAGUGUGAAUUGGAGCGGUUUUAUGGAAAGGAUCCGUUGGAGUCAAAAGACUUGUCUCGCAUAGUGAAUUCUAACCACUUUGCUCGCUUGUCAAAGCUCUUGGAUGAGGAUAAGGUUUCUAGUAAGAUCGUCCAUGGAGGUGAAAGAGACAAAGAAAACUUGAAGAUCACUCCCACUAUCUUGCUUGAUGUCCCACGAGAUUCUCUAAUCAUGAAUGAAGAGAUAUUUGGUCCGUUGCUUCCAGUUUUCCUGGUUGACAAAGUGGAAGACAGCUUUGAUGUGAUAAAUUCAGGAACAAAGCCACUAGCAGCAUAUUUAUUUACCAAUAAGAAGAAGUUGAAAGAGAAGUUUGUUGCAACAGUCUCCGCAGGGGGUUUGGUCAUUAACGACACUACUGUACAUCUGGCUGAACCCACACUACCAUUCGGAGGAGUCGGGGACAGUGGAAUGGGUGCAUACCAUGGGAAGUUCUCCUUCGAUGCUUUUAGCCAUAAGAAAGCUGUUCUUUAUAGAGGUUUCGCUUGUGAUGCAUUUGUCAGAUACCCACCAUACACGAGGGGAAAGCUGGGAUUGUUGCGGGCUCUUUUUGAUGGAAGCAUCUUAGGCAUCAUCCGCGCUUUGCUGGGAUGGUCCAAGGCUUGAAUGACAACAGGUAUGGGUUGUUUUUGUUGUAGAUUUUCAUGAUGUAAUUUAAGGCACUCAAUUUCAAUGUAUUAUAUCUAAGCAUCAAUCCAGCUUUAUCAAGGUAGGUUGUUUACAGGAUAGGAAAAUAAGUAAAUGACCAUUUUUUUUUCUUUAAAUCAGUGUUUAUGAAGGGUCUAUGGAUCAGACUGGGUUUAGCGGGUUUAGGACUGUAUUGUUUGAAUUGGAUCAGAUUGGUUGGAUGGGGAACUAGCUCUUUGAAUUAGUUUGAUUGGAAAUUGUUACAAACUGAUUAAACCAACAAUUAAACUGAGUUUUUUAAAAUUUUUUAAUCGCACCGAUUGAAUUGGUGGCUUGACCGGCCCACUUUAAAAACAUUGGUUUGGGAUUGAACUUCAAGUUUUGUAUAAACGGUUACUAUUGGUUUGUACCCCCUUCUAUAUAGAAGGGGUUAUUUACGACAUUUGUGUGGUAGUUUAUAGUGUUUCGUGAUAUGUAAUCUAUGACGUGUAUGUGUAUUAAGAGUAAUUUAUGUUCCUAUUAAAGAAAGUCUUUUAUUAAAAA